AUGAUGGCUUUCAAGUCAAUUGACGAAAAGACACAAGAAUUUCUUUAUGAGGAGUUUCCUGUUCGAAUUACAAAAACGGGUGAUGACCUGUAUGCUUCCUUUGUUCGAGAAACACAGUCGUCUCCUCUUGAAUUGGUUGCAUUAAGAAACGAUAUUAAAAUGGCUCUUAUACAGAGGGCUGCUAAGGAUUCUCCUAUCUGUAGUAUUCGCGAAGAAAUACUUUAUGGUCUUUGUAGUGAAUUACUUCGUCAGGUUAAAUCUCUAGAGGAAGAUAUUGAUAUUCUCAAGCAGAAGGUCAAGGCCUUACAGGAGUCUGCAGAGAAGAUGAAAAAGAAAUUUCAAGAGGAGAAAAUUGCUGCCGAAAAUAAGAGACAAAAUGAACUACGUUAUGAAAAUCAGCUCACAGAACAACUCAAGGUUAGAUAA